UGACCAUUUGGACGAGCCGAGUCGAACUGGAGAUGCGUAUCUCGUGGAAAUCACCUACCUAAACUUGCCUAAAGAACCCCUCUCUGAAUCUUUCGGCGUCCUCCAUCUUGGAAAGCCGUAGGCGCUUGAGAAUUGGCUCGCCCACUCGGCUGUCUCCUGCUAGUUUCAGAAUUUCGAGUGACACCGGACUGUUCCUUUGCGCUGUGCGCCACUUAGAACGCGAGUCCCAGGGGUUGACUCACCAAGGCAUCUCCGGUACUAAUAAACUGAAGUAUAUACCUUGUAGCAAUUUGCCAGUGCGAGAUUUUCUACACCCUUAGCGGCCGAAAAGUGGUAAAGGCAGACUUCAAGUAGACGAGCCUGGCCAUAAGCCCCUAUUAUACUCUCUUCUGCGAUAUUAUUUAUUUAAUAAGCUUUGCAAACCGCUUCGAUCAUGGGUAGAAAGACAUCAACGGCUAUGAUGCGAAUUGCGAUCGCAGGAGCUGGGGGCUUUGCAGCCCUUCUAGUCCAGGAGCUAUCUCGGACUGCCUACGCCAUACUCGUGCUAUCGACAAAGGAGCACCCGGAACUAGAAUCCAAUUUCGACUGCCAGGUAUCUGUAGUCGAUUAUUCGAACCUUGACGAUCUCCAGUUCGCUCUUCAGGGUGUUGACCUUGUGAUAUCCACCAUCUCGGGCGCGGAACAACUUAACCUUAUUGAUGCGGCUCGACGAGCCCGCGUACGCUGCUUCGUGCCUUCAGAGUUCGAAGGCGCCAUAGGCCAUAGGCCGCCGGUAGGAACUGACCCUUUUGACAACGGUUCUUCGACGGCUUUGGAACAGCUUCGACACUGGUCCCAGUCGAGACACUAUUCGAUGAGAUACACUGUUUUCUCAUGCGGCAUUUUCUACGAACGGUUUGCCCCUGGCGGUCUCCAAUCAUACAACAUGGGCAUCGGCUGUCGGAUCCGAAACCAAGGAGACUACAUGAUAGAUGUAGGCCUUGGAGCUGCCGAGAUACCAGAAACGGACUCCCGGGGACGUCCGGUGUAUGUCGUGAUGACUUCGGCGGUUGAUGUGGCACGAUUUGUUGCCGCUGCUGUUGAGCUAGGAAUCGAUAGUUGGCCGCGAGAAUUUAGGAUGCGUGGCAGCCGCUUGUCGACUCAGAGACUUCAAGAGAUUUGCAGCGAAGUUCGAGGAGUUGCCUUCAACGUUAUCAGUAGGCCAUACGAAGAAAUUGUGCAAUGGCUUCGCUACUACGAGCAGAACGGAGACGAGGUUAAAUGGUACAAGAUGCAGCAUCUUCUACAGACUGCUGAUGGACGAUACGCCUUUGGAGAAUCAAAUUUGAACGACGCGGUAGGCAUACAACCAACUAGCUUUCGACAGUGGCUAUACGAAACUUGGGGCCCGGCACAGUGAUAUUCAUUCGUCGACAGCAAACGAUCUAACUAGACCCAGCAAUCUUUACGGAUGUUUCCUUUUGCGCCUUUAUUACUACCCAUGGCCAAGCCCUUUACGAUCUGCUAGGUGUUUUUAUAUCUACAGCGGCCCUAUUUCCAAGCAACUAUAUUUUGUCGGUCUAUUAUAAUAAGGACCCCAUCUUGUAAGCAUCACGGCUGAGUUGAGAAGCAAGGGCACGUCUAUUUUUGGCUAUUGAUACAUCUGUAACUCUUAUUCUUGUAUUCCUUCAUCUUCUACUCUUUUUUGGUUGUCCUUCGGCAUUCAAAUUUGUAUGCACAUCAGCAUUUAGCGCUCUUACCUGUCCUAUCUAUCUACAUUGACUGCUUGGUCGCUGGUCGAGCAAUAGCAGUUCAAUAUACGUCUUCUUUGUUUUCCG